AUGUUCAUAUAUUUGCUCUUUAUCGCUUUAAAUUCGGCCAAAUAUGCUGUUUCAACUGAUAGUACACAAACCACCGUUGUGAGAUUGGGACAGUGUUAUUACAUUGGAUCUGGUAUUUAUGUAAAAGCAGAAGAAGAUGGUGAAGGUAUUCGAGCUUAUGAAUCAAAUGUUUGUGGUAAUUGGGUAGACAAAGGGAAAAAAUCAUUAAGUCCGACAACACGCUUUGAAAAGGAUUUGCCACUUUACAAGUACGUCAUCUAUGAUUACAUGGACGCGAAAAAUUGCAAAAUCUCAGAAAAAGGUGGUCAUCCAUUAGAAACUCUAUAUAAAGAAUGUCAAAAGGAAAUAGUUGGUUCAACAAAAUCCGAAAUUAAAGAUGGAAUAAUAUCAAGAACGUAUUAUCUAACUACUUCAGAUUGUACUGGAAUCAGUCAAUCUUUAAACAAAAUUGAAUUGAACAAAUGUAACUUGGUUGGAGACGAAUAUAUCACUUAUUCUCAAGGAGCUUAUGAAAUAUUUGCUUUCUUGGCUCUUUUACUUGUUUGCUUGUUUUAA